AUUCACAGUGACAGACCACGAUUGGUGCGAUUAGCUUAACGUUCGAUCGCAGCGUGCUGGCGAAUCGGGAUGGAGGCGUACACUAACGACAGAACCGUUGACUCAGCAGUGGGAAUGACCGACGAAGGAUGCACGAUUCAGUUGCGGGACGACGACAACUUUCUUAAUACAGAAAUACGGCCGAUCGCUAAGAUGCACGUGGAAUUCGAUGAUCUCGGGUACGAGGUCAACCGUAAUAAAGGCAAACCGAAGCGAAUUUUAGAAAAUGUCACCGGAUGUUUUCGUUCGGGAAGACUCACUGUAAUUAUCGGACCGUCCGGUGCCGGGAAGACUACGUUGUUACGCAUCGUAUCCACCCUGAAAACGACGAACGUGAAAGGCUUGAUCACCAUCAACGACCGGAAAUGGAACGCCGGGGCGUUUCGCAAGCAAACAUGCUUCUUACCACAAGAGUUCGCGCUGUUACCGUUACUCACCGCCAGAGAGUCGCUCUACAUUGCCGUCCGAUUGAAAGUUCAAGACAUUCGUGAUCGACGGGCUUACUGUUUGAUCGUCAAAGAAAUAGCGGACAAUCUUGGUUUGUCGAACUGUCUCGACACUAUGGUGGAGAAUCUGAGCGGCGGCGAACGUAAACGGUUAUCGAUAGGCAUAGAAAUGGUCACAAGGCCGUCCGUGUUGUUGCUCGAUGAACCGACCAGCGGCCUCGACAGCACCUCCUCGAAUCAGGUGAUCAGCUUGCUGCAUAAAAUGGCUAAAUCCGGUUGCACGGUCGCGUGUGCCGUUCACCAACCGAGCAGUCGCAUGAUAUCGCAGUUCGACGACCUGCUGGUUCUUCACGGCGGAAGAUCAUUUUAUUGCGGCGCCUGGGACGAUGUUUUAAAUACCUUCAACGACGCGGGUUACGCGUGCCCGCAAUUUUAUAAUAUAGCCGAAUUUGUUUUAGAGGUCGUGACGGGAGAGAGAGGCGGAGUUUUGAACAAUUUGUAUACAAUUAAUCGUGACAAAUAUGAAAAAUGUCGAACGUAUUCCCGGGAUCUUAUAACGGACUUGGAUUCAACGGUCACGGAAAAGCUUGACAAUACUGCGAGCAUGUCGCAUCCAUCAUCCAUGUGGCACGAGGGGAAGGUCCUGUUAUUGAGGGGAAUGAUCUGUGUCAGACGGGACAAUACGUUUACUAAGCUCAGAUUCGCAGCCCACGUGGUAGUAGCUUUUCUACUAGGCAGCGUGUUUUAUAACGCUGGAACCGAUGCCAGUAGGGCCAACAGCAACAUAGCUUGUGUAUUUUUCAUUUUGUUGUUUUUGUAUUUCUCGAAUUCGAUGCCAGCCGUACUGAUGUUUCCAAUAGAGGCUGCUGUAUUCCUGCGUGAAUAUUUAAAUAACUGGUACCGUUUGAGGUCUUAUUAUUCCGCGAAGAUUAUUGUAGAUCUUCCGAUGCAAUUGCUCUGUCCAUCCGUGUUUAUCAGCAUAGCAUAUUACAUGACUGGUCAACCCAUGGAAUGCGACCGUUUCCUCCGUACCUGGUUGAUUUGCAUUUUAACAGCGAUCCUAGGACAAUCGUCAGGGAUGCUUGUCGGCGUCGCGUUCGAUCAGCACAUGGGAGUGUUUUUGAUUCCUGCGAUCAACAUGCCGAUGAUUCUUUUUGCUGGAUUUUUCUUGAAAUUCAACGAAGUGUCCUUGUGCCUUCGACCGUUGUGCGUUGUUAGUUUCUUCAGGUACGCGUUCGAGGGUAUUCUCCAAGCAAUUUACGACGGGGACAGGGAAAAGUUACCGUGUACCAAAACCUAUUGUCAUCUACGCUCACCGAGUAAAAUUCUGGAGUCGAUGGACAUGCCAACAUUCUCGUUCUACGUGAUCAUAUUCGCGCUGUGCAUUUGGAUCGUUUGUCUGCAGAUCCUUACGUACCUGAUACUUAAACGAAAAGCAUACGUAGCUCAAAGAUAA